AAAUUCCAGAUAAAGGCUAUCGCUCUCAAGUUAAUUGCAUUACAAUGAUGGAAUCAACAGGUGAGCUUUAUAUUGGACGGUCUGAUGGUUUAAUUGAAGUGUGGGUCUUCGUGGAAACACUUGAAUCCAAUGGAUCUCUACUUAUCAAUGUUGACCAAAGUCCCACCCUAUUGACUGAUUACAAUUGUGGAGAAAGCUUAACAUCCAUUUGUAUUUGUCGUGAAGGAACGCUCAUCCUAUGCUGUACCUUUACUGGAUUAAUUUUUGGCCUUAACCGAGAUCAAAUGAAUUCAUCAAAUUAUGAACAGCCACAAAUUGUUUCAAAUCGUGAUAUGGAGCACAAGAUCAAUUCGUUGAAAACUGAAAUAGAUCAGUUGGAGAAAAAAUUGAAUCGAAAAAGAGAAUUUUACCAAAAUUUAACUUCGGGUUUGAUUCUUAACAAGAAACAGAAAAAUAGCAUCUCAAUGAUAUUAUGA